AUGUCGAAGGGCCCCGCCGCGCGCCGGGUAGACUCGUCUUGGAUCGCCGCCGCCGCCGAAGCCGUCGUCAUCAGCGCGGACUUCAUCUCCCCGGGAGCCCAGCUGGGGUGCGCCGCCUUCACCAGCGCCGCCACCCCGGACACGUGGGGGCAAGCCAUGGAGGUACCCGACAUUACGUUGAACCCGGUCCGGCGGGGGUCGGACCGGAGACAGGACGGGCCGGUCGAGCCGGUCCACGCGGCCAGCACGUUGACCCCGGGGGCGAGGAGAUCGGGCUUCAGGACCCGCGCGACCGCCGCGUUGGGCCCGCGGGAAGAGAACGACGCCACUGCGGGCGCUGGACGGCCCAGAUCCGUCCCUUCUGAGAAGAUCACCGCCGUCGGAUCCCUGCUGCUCGCGAUGUACCUCUCGAUGGACCUCGCCUGA